GCUGGACGCUGUUCUGCAACCAAGGGAGGGCGCCCGUUUCACGCGCACCGCUUGCGUCGGUGCAUGGCCGGGUCAGGCAGGCUGUGACGCUCGCUGCCCGAAGACAAGGCUGCGCCGCCUCCGCAUAGUCACCACCAGCGCAACCAACGUCGCCCACCACUCUCUCACUUGCCCUCCUCCGCUUCACGCAACGACCCGUGCCCAUUACUACUCCUGCGCGCUGGACAUGAACACUCCCCACCUCCACAACUCCACCACCUCGCCUUAUCAGUCCCGCUGCACCACCGCCUCGUCAUCCCGCGCCAUCACUUGAUCCGCGCCCACGCCGCAGAGAGCCCCGACGACGACCACGACCACAGUCGCCCGCCUUUCCGCCUCCACACACAUUGCGCCUGCCUUACAUGUCGACGGGCCAAAGUAUAGCGUCUCCACGCGCCCCGCGCGGCCAGCACCGCCAGCCGAGCGCAUCGCAGCCCGGGCAGGAGAACACCAACGGCGGCAGACAUUCGCAACGCCGAUCGAGAGGCGGCCGCAACCACAACAAUGCUGCGCAUGCCUCGCCAAGCAAGCUUCCAAAUGCCGAGCCCUCGUUCUCAGAGGGUGGCGCCUACACCACCGACGAUGCCCGCGCGCACCCAGGCCCGCGCAGCGGGAAGAAGCACAUGCGUGGCCAGCCGUCGCACGAUCGCACAUCCACAGCCGUGGGCGCCCAGACCUCCCUGACCGACACCGAGGCCAUCACCAACCGUGCUUCUGCCACGCCCAUGAAGAAUCAAGGCGCAUACGCCGGCCCUACCUUCCACGCCUCGCCCGCACCCUCAGCCUUGCCGAUCCCCAAGUUUCUGUCUCGUUCUGUGCCCGCCAAGACCGCUUCUGGUCCACCCACGCCUCCACCAGACCACAGCUCUGAUUCCGCCGACUCGCUGAGCCCGUCUCCUUCACCGUCGCGCGCCCCGAUUGCAAUCCCCGCACGUCAUGAAGACUCUCCUCUCGACAUGCUGUUCAGGGCCGACAAAGCGGAGAGGGCUAAAAACAUCAAUUUCAGUCCAAACGCGCACCAGGUCCGGCCUCAGCCGCCGCCGCUGCAGCAAGAGUACAACGUCUUUCCCAUGGAGCUCGACGGAGAAAGCAGGAACUCGCAGGGACCUCCUCUGUUUCAGUCUCCAACUGGACAUCGGUCCACAACAGACCCUUCAAAGCUGCCUCAAUUUAGAGAUGUUCAACAGUCGGACAGUGGAAACGACGUAAUGCAGGAUCUUAUGAACAAGCUUUCAAUGUCGCAGAAGAAGCCCAACGCCGCAAUGGAAACUCCUCCUCGACAGGCUGCACAAGCUCCUGGCAACUUUCAGGGGCCUCAGCACACUCCUUCCCCGUUUAACACGGGUAGACCUUCGGCCAACCGCAGCGUUUCAGGUCCCUCGACCCCCGCGCAAGCCCCUCAGGACGGCCCUGAUUUCUUCUAUGGCAAUCGCAAUCUUUCACCAAUGUUCAAAGCAGCCCAGGGCGACACUCCAAAGCGCAACUCUAGCCUCCGCACCGAAGUUACGGCGGACUCUCCUACAGGCCAGCAAGGCAUUUUCCAAGACUUCCCAUCUAUUUCAUCUGGAAAUGCCAUCGACCCCAAUGCAUUCGCGCGCGGUCAGCCCGCUGGCGAUGCUCAGGGUCCGGCAAAUGCACGUCGUGGAUCUGUGCCCUAUGGCCAGAACCAACAAAGGCAGCCCAACAAGCAUCGUCAGGACGCUCAUCAACGCGGCCGGGGCAAUUUCCACGGACAAGGACCUAGAAACGGCCGACCGACUGCAAACUCACCUGCCGCACCUGCUAAGCCAGCUACAACCAUGAUGUCUUUCGUGCCCGCCUCAGUGUCCGCGAAACCGAAGCCAAAAUUGGAGCAGCAGCUGGCUGCCUCUGCGCCUCCGUCCACGACUGUACCCCCUCCCCAGUCCUCAGCACCCGAAACGUUGGCUUUGGAGCAGGAUCUCAAGCGCAUGCUCAACCUCAACAUCUCUGGACAGGGGGUUCGAUAG